ACGCGCUCACGAUAGGCGCUCAGAGCGCUCGCGGGCCGCGUUGUUCGUUUAUCGCGCAGUGGUUCAUUUACGCUUAUUUUUUUUGAGGGGGGUGGUGGUUAUUAUCAGACAAGAUUAUAAUUUUUUAUUUAUGUUUCGUUUCAACGGCUCUGUCCUCGGCACGACCCGUUAGAUUUGCGAGAAGCGGUUUGCGGUAACGCGCAGGUGUGGGCGGAGUUGAACAGGUUUUUUGCUGAAGUUUUGGGUGACGUCGUCUGCUCCUCGUGAGGCUGCGUGCGAGCGGGUUGUAACAAUAACAAAUGAUGAGCGGUGCGCAGCCGGAGAGAGCGGAGUCUUGAGUGGGGUGGGCGGCUGCUUUCCUUUUUCUUUUUUUAUUGGUGUCCGUCACUAGAGCCGCUCCGUAGGCGGUCGACCUAAUACCUACUUGGCAGACGUCAAACCCGCAGCUGUCGCCGGCAUGUUUCCUCUCGACUCGCCGUGGAAUAUUUCCUUUGCCGGCUGCGGCUUCCUGGGCAUCUACCACGUCGGUGUCGCCAGCUGCCUGUUGGAGCAGGCGCCGUUCCUCGUGGAGAACGCGCGACACAUAUACGGGGCAUCGGCUGGGGCUCUGACCGCCUCUGCCCUGGUCAGCGGGGUAUGUCUGGGAGAAGCUGGUGCGAGUAUCAUCGAUGUGGCAAAAGAAGCCAGGAAACGAUUCCUGGGGCCUAUGCAUCCUUCUUUCAACCUAGUCAAGAUAGUGCGGCAUAUGCUGCAUCGCACGCUGCCACCUGAUGCUCACCUUCGGGCCACGGGCAGAUUAGGAAUCUCCCUGACACGUGUGACGGAUGGAGAAAAUGUCCUAGUAUCCCACUUCCACAGCAAGGAAGAACUAGUGCAAGCAUGUGUAUGCAGUGCCUAUAUCCCGGUGUAUUGUGGUCUCAUUCCCCCUACCUUGAGGGGUGUGAGAUAUGUUGAUGGAGGGAUGUCGGACAACCUGCCUCAGUAUGAGCUGAAAAAUACAAUCACCGUGUCACCGUUCUCCGGAGAGAGCGAUAUCUGCCCUCGAGACAUGUCCACCAACCUGCAUGAGCUGCGCUUUACCAACACCAGCAUUCAGUUCACCCUCACCAACCUCUACAGGGUCUCCAGGGCACUUUUCCCUCCAGACCCAACGGUUAUGAAGACCAUGUGUAAACAGGGAUAUAAAGACGCUCUUCACUUUUUAAAGAGAAAUGGCUUACUCAAUUGCAAUGGGCCUCUCAGACACAGACCCCUGCUGGCCAAUAAGCAGGAAAAUAAGCCCGAUGAUGGUGAUGAUAGUGAUGAAAAUGUAGACGAGGAGCAGCCACAUGGUGAAAUCGGAGCAGUCGUGGUCCAGUCCGCUUCCUCAAUAGAGGAACAUAUCAUUGAGCACCUCCCACCUAAACUCCACAGAGCUCUAGUGGAGGCUUGCAAAGAGAGGAGAAACCUGGUGCAGUCCCUGAGCAACAUGCUCCCCGUCAGGAUGGCUUCGGCCAUGAUGCUCCCCUAUACUCUCCCCCUGGAGUCUGCCAUGUCCAUGACUGUCCGACUUUUGGAAUGGCUACCAGAUGUGCAGGAGGAUAUUGUUUGGAUUCGUGAGCAGUCAGUAAAAAUGCUGCAGUGUGUUCUACGCCAGGCGUCCAAAAGACUCUCGCAGCAUGUAUCUGCAAGGUUUUCCUGUCAGCUUGAGCUGUACCACUAUCAGUCCCUCCCGUCUCAACUCAGCACUGCCAGUCUGUUUCCCACCUGGAUGAACGAAAGCGGUUCCUCUGUCUUUGAUGUUAUCGUGCGCCUUGACCAGUACCAGAGGCAGGUUCUGCCUGGACUCAUGUCUGUCAACAUGGACCUGCAAGGCGCCUUCAAAACGUGACCCCACAACACCAGAUAAGGGCCCUCCAUCCAUCUUCUCGUUGGAUGCCAAUUAAGUACAGAUGUACAGACACACUGCCCUAACACUCCAGCUGCUCCUGUUUCCUGUGAGGUCGUCAUGGUCACGAAUGUCAUAGGGCUUGAUUCUGGAGUUACGAACCUCUUAAAAAGAGUGUAAAUCUAAUUUGCUACAUGUUUUCAGACAGACCCCUGCACCCAUAUCCCUUAAGGUAGCUGUUAAGACUGUGUUUGAAGCCUAAUUAAGCCAUCAGUGCUACAGAGGAUGGAUAUGGUAGUAAUUUACCAUUAUUUUUUUACAAUUGCUAUGUCUCGUGUGUGUGUGUGUGUGUGUAUAUAUAUAUAUAUAUAUAUAUAUAUAUAUAUAUAUAUAUAUAGGUCUGAUGAAAAUACAUCUGGCUAAAAGGCAAACCUGUUGCAGCAAUGUAAAUGUUUUAAAUCCAUCCUUAUGAUGGAUGAAUGCAUUUUCGGCACAUGAACAUAAACAACCAAGUGCAACCUUUUCAAUAAAAUACAGCACAUAUAUUUGUAAUGGAAUGGUUUAGAGAGACAAGUGCUUGUGUUUUUGAGGAAUGUAGUUGAACCAGUAAUCUAGCAGAGUGUGUCUGCUGCAUCCAGUUAGCCGCUCAGAGGCCGGGUCUGCUAUCGGGCCCACAUGAUGGUGGACUUACAGGAGGAGAAGGAGAGGAACUGGUUGGUGAUUUCAGAACUGAGCGGUCACAGGUUACUUCAGUAAAACCCCAUUUAUUUUACGCAAAUAAGUGUUUUAUAUAUUGGAUUUUCUAUGUAUGGCAAUUUAUCUUGGGGGUCCUUACUGUUAUUUAUAUGUAAACCCAAACAUUACUUUGCUAUUUUGUCAGAAAUCAAACUGUCAAAUCAUUCAAUCGCCUUGCUUUUUUAAGUUGCAAAAAACUCAGCCUUUUCAUCCUCCUCUUAACAAGAGAAACCAUAUAUAUAUAUAAUUGGUUGUAGCUUUGUGAACUGCUUGAAUUCUUGUUGACCAGUUGUUCACUCUUUGGGUUAAAGUUCUUACGUCCUUUCUUUAGUGUCAUAUGAAGAAAUUGUCUGUAAACGUCAGAAGAAGUUUAUGAAAAUGUGAAUGAAUGUACAUUUAAGUCUGUACGUUGCCUGAAAUUCAUUGUAUUUCCUCAUUUGAGCCAGCAUAAUGGUAUGACGGCAUAUCUCUCAAGUGAUAAAACUUUAUCUCUUGUGCUAUGACAGGAUUUUUUCCCCACUAUAUUGCUUUAAGUAUUUGAUAACGUGACUUUAUUAAAAUUUCGUAUUUAAAAACAGCUCAGAUUGAAGCCAUGUAUUCUUAAAACCACUGAAGGAAUUGCAAAGGAUGCCUGGGUUCCAAGAGUGCCAAAAUUACAGGGAAUGUCUGACGUGAUCUGCAAUUAAAUAAAAAUUUUAUUGUGUAA